UCAUAAACAGCUCGUCAACCACCUCGGUAGCUUGCUAGCCAACAUACCCGAAAGAUUCAAGCUAUUUAUACGCUUUCGGUCUAUAUUAGCUACUGUGUUUCCGACACACUUCUGUCGUAUCUACUUGUUAACCUAUUUAAUAUAAUAUUACGUUAUUUUUUAUUAGUCAGCUAUAGUAGCUGGCUGGUUAAAUUAGCACUAGCCUAGUCGCUAAUGAUAGCUAGCUAGCUAGCUAACAUCCCCGAACAUGAGCUCCCUAAACAUAUUCCCUACUGUUAAAGAAGAGGUGCUCUGCUUGACGGAGAAAGAAUAUCUGGGGCUGAACAUUGUCGUGAAAGAGGAGGAAGAAGAAGAGGAUGUCACAGUAAAACAAGAAGUAGAGGGUGAGGCUGUUACAGUGAAAGAAGAAGAGAAAGACGUUUCAGUGAAAGAAGAGGAAGAUGUUACUGUGAAAGAAAAGGAGGAAGAUGCAGUUUUUGGAGUGGAGGAUGAAGUGAAGGAAGAUGAAGACGUUUUUGGAAUGAAAGAUGAAGAGGGGGAGAUUACUGUCACAUUAGAGGAGGACGAAGAAGAGAAGACUGGAGAUCUGGUUAACACCAGUAAAUACAGAGAGAGACGUGACUAUCCUGGAUCCUCUGGGGAUCCUCAACAACAUCAUGAUGCUGAUGAGGCAGAGAAGAGUCUCUCCAGAUCAGAACUCCUCAAGAAACACCAGCUACCAGUCGUUCACACAGGAGAGAAAUCUAUCUGCUGCUCUGACUGUGGGAAGAGAUUCAACUACUCAUCACACCUUAAAAUACAUCAAAGAAUUCACACUGGAGAGAAACCUUAUAGCUGUAAUCAAUGUGGGAAGAGAUUUUCUAAAUCUAGCCAUCUAACUAUACACCAUAGAACACACACAGGAGAGAAAUCCUAUGGCUGUGAUCAGUGUGGGAAGAGUUUUUAUACAUAUAGCAAGCUGACUUUACACCAGAGAACACACACAGGAGAGAAAUCUUAUAGCUGUAAUCAAUGUGGGAAGAGUUUUUCUACAUCUAGCUAUCUAACUAUACACCACAGGACACACACAGGAGAGAAAUCUUAUGGCUGUGCUCAAUGUGGGAAGAGUUUUUAUACAUCUAGCAAGCUGACUUCACACCAGAGAACACACACAGGAGAGAAAUCUUAUAGCUGUAAUCAAUGUGGGAAGAGUUUUUCUACAUCUAGCUAUCUAACUAUACACCAUAGGACACACACAGGAGAGAAAUCUUAUGGCUGUGCUCAAUGUGGGAAGAGUUUUUAUACAUCUAGCAAGCUGACUUCACACCAGAGAACACACACAGGAGAGAAACCAUAUAGCUGUAGUCAAUGUGGGAAGAGUUUUUCUACAUCUAGCCAGCUGACUGUACACCAGAGAACACACACAGGGGAGAAAUCUCAAAGCUGUAAUCAAUGUGGGAAGAGAUACACUGAUAAAAGAUAUCUGAUUAAACAUCAGAAAAUACAUGGAGUUGUUUCAUGAUAUCAAUGAAUUAAUGUCACAAUGUAAAAAAAAAAAAUACAUUGUAGGAAUAUUUUAAUAAUGUCGCAAUGUAGAAGCCUAAACAUUUGCCCCCUUAUCAAUUGAUUUCAACAUUAUAUGGAUAUUAGCCUCAGGGGGAAAAUCCAGGCUCUGAAUUGAAAGAGUUACUAUUUAUGUGAUUUAUCAAACAUUUACUAACAAAAAAAGAGUUGUGUUCCACUUACUGCGUUGGUGACCCACUUCAAUCAAAAUGCAACACUUCAAAAUGUAUCUGUCUGUUUUCUACAAAUUGUCCUCUAACCAGGGAUGUACACAUUAUUCCCAGAUUCCAUGUGGGUUUUGAGAUGUUAGUUUUAACAGGGCAUGCAACCUCCUCUCGCACAAUUGAUUUCAACAUGAUAUCGAUGAGUGAUGAGAAAUAAGUGUUUAGCGACCCCUAAAUUUAAAUGCAUCACUCCAAAAUGUAGCUGACUGUCUUUUGCAGGUUGUCCUCUAACCAGUGAGGUAUAAUAUAUCUCCCAUUUCCGUGUGUUUUUUUAGUUGUGUUCGUUUCAACAUCACGUACAACCUGAUUUCCCCCCUAAUCGAUAUCGGUGAUGUAUUGCUACUUGUCAAAACAACAGUGUUUCUGGUGCUUGUGCAGUUUAUAAGGAGCUUGUUUAAAUAAAUACAAGUAAUAUGAUUUCUGCAGAUGUUUGUGUUAAUAAAGAUACAUGUUUUAUUGUU